GGGUAGCCGGCUGCAUAAUUGAUGGAGGGCCGGCGCAACGCUGGGCUGUCCUCGGUGUGCUGGGUGCGCCUUGGGGGAGGAGGGCCUGAGCGGCCGGGCCCCUCCCACUCCGCUUUUUCUCGCGUGUCCUGUCCCCGGGACUGGCAGUGGGCUCCCGGUUACCAGCAAGUGUACACAGGGGCAAACGGAGACCGAUCGCAGCACGCCGAGGGCGCAGCAGCGACCUCCGGGACUGAGCCGCCCGCGCCAUGCCCUCGCUCACUGGUCUGGGGGCGCUUGUGACGCCUGGCUUCCCGCUCCUCCUCCUGUGCCUUCUGGCGGCGACGCGCCCGGAUCGGGCAGAGAGCAAUCCCGCAGAUUCAGCUUUUACAAGUCUGCCUGUUCGAGAAGAAAUGAUGGUAAAAUACUCAAACUUUUCCCUGGAGAGCCAUAAUCUAUCACUGACAGAACAGUCCACAGUACCAGUAGAAAAAAAUAUCACAUUGGAAAGGCCUUCUGACCUGGAACUCACAUGUCAGUUCACAACGACUGAGAAUUUGAAUUCAGUGAAUGUGUCUUGGAAAAAAGGUGAUGAGCUCCUUGAGAAUACUGAUGUCUUCAAUACAACUAAAAUGGGAAAGACCUUGUACAGUCAGUACAGGUUCAUCAUUUUUAAUAGCAACCAGUUGGGAAAUUAUUCUUGUUUCUUUGGAAAAAAGGGACACAGAGGAACAUUUAAUAUCAAAGUACCAAAAGUUCACGGGAAGAACAAGCCAUUGAUCACUUACGUCGGGGAUUCUACGGUGCUGAAGUGUGAGACGCAGAGUGGUCUUCCUUUAAACUGGACCUGGUAUACGAAUAAUGGAAGUGUUCGGGUUCCUAUUGAUGUUCACAUGGAUGAUAAGUAUGUUAUAAAUGAUUCCUAUGCUAACCAAACAAAGCUCAAGAUAAAGCAUCUUUUGGAGGAAGAUAGAGGAUCCUACUGGUGCCGUGCCACCUUCCCGUUAGGUGAGAGCGAAGAACACAUUGAGCUGGUUGUGCUGAGCUUCAUGGUGCCCCUCAAGCCAUUUCUUGCGAUAAUUGCUGAAGUCAUUCUUCUAGUGGCCAUCAUUCUGCUUUGUGAAGUGUACACACAGAAGAAAAAGAACGACCCAGAUGACGGGAAAGAAUUUGAACAAAUUGAACAGCUGAAAUCAGAUGAUAGCAACGGGAUAGAAAACAAUGUCCCCAGGCAUAGAAAAAAUGAAUCUGUGGAGAAAUGAAUACAGAAAGGAACAUUUCGACUUGGGAAGAUGUCCAAAGAGUUUUUAUUUCACCUUUCUUUUAAGAACAUCUGAAUUUUAGAUUGUUUUUUUUUUUUAAAGACAAAAACAGCCUCAACAUCCACAGCAGUAGCUUUAUAAACAAUACAGACCAUCUCCUACCUAAAGAUGUGUUUUCAUAUUGUAAUUGCUUUUCAUUAAAGCAAGGUAAAUUGUUUCAGCUGUGUUCUGUGAGCUGUAACCUAGAUAAUAAAUUUUGCCCUGGCCUGGGAGAUCACAGGACCAGAACAGACAUCAGCAGAACUGGUUAAUAAUCCGCAAAUAAAGUUCACUAAAGAUCUGUUUA